ACGGUUCCCUCCAUUGUGUUUACUGGUCGCGGGUUCCAAACGGACAGCUGAGCUCCCCGGCGGCGAUGAUAUCCCAUCCUGUUAUCUGGGCCUUUCGUAACAGUGUGAGGUGCUGGCGACACCGGACUGGCCUCAAAGCUGCUUUGGAGGCCUCGGACAUCAGGGGUUGGCGCUGGUACUCUUCCCCGAUUCGUGUCGGUGUCACGGGCAUGGAGGAGAUACUGGCGAGGAUCGUCGCACCUUUACCCACAUACGAAACGAAAGACAAAUCCCCCCCUCCCCCUGACUCAAACAGCCUGGACUUCAUGCACUUUUACAAAAGUCUCGACAAAGAGGACAGACUCGCUUUCCUCACGAAGCUGUCGCAAGACUUCGGAGUAGACCACAAAAGCGUUUCAGAGCUAGCUGUGAAGCUGCUAGACACUCAGCUACGGGACUUGGCAACCAUUUUGCAAGUUGAAGACAGGCUUCGGUACAAUUUGACUCCCCGUUAUAAACAGUUGCUUAAUCAUAUAAGCAGGGCCGAAGGUGGAGUGAAGUUUCUGGUGGAUCUCAGAGCCGAUGUGCUUGAAAUAAUUUCAUCGAAAGCUAGCGAUAGCCCUCACAUCAAGGACCUGAACGGCACGCUGAAGAGCUUGUUGUCUGAGUGGUUCUCUGUAGGUCUGCUCCGCCUGGAAAGAAUCACCUGGCAGUCCCCCUGCGAGAUCCUGCAGAAGAUCAGCCAGUAUGAGGCAGUGCACCCUGUUAGGAACUGGACUGACCUGAAGCGCAGGGUGGGGCCAUACCGCCGUUGUUAUGCCUUCACCCAUGCUGCCAUGCCAGGAGAACCCCUGGUUGUGCUACACGUGGCCCUCACUGAAGACAUCUCUGAUAACAUUCAGAGUAUCGUCCGUGAGUUUGCCACUCUCGACUCUGAGGAGGAUGUUAAUAAGAUAAAUGCAGCCAUCUUCUACUCCAUCUCCUCCACCCAGGCUGGCCUACAAGGGGUGGAGCUGGGCAACUAUCUCAUCAAGAGGGUGGUGCGAGAACUGCAGAGCGAGUUCCCUCACAUGGCCCAGUUCUCCAGCCUGUCACCCAUCCCAGGCUUCUCCUCCUGGCUCCAAGGCCUCCUCAGCCAGUACAGAAAGGAAGGCCGGGGCUAUGACCUCUUGUCUGAACAGGAGUGGAAGGAGGUGGAGCAGGCCACUGACUCAUCCUCUGGGACCCCGGCUGUAGACGCCCUCCGCAAGCUGAUUGGCACCAGCGAGUGGCUGCGCUCAGAGAGGCUUUCCCAUAGCCUGGAGCCCAUCCUGAUGCGUCUCUGUGCCUGGUACCUCUAUGGGGAGAAAAGACGAGGCUACGCUCUCAACCCAGUGGCCAACUUCCACCUGCAAAACGGUGCCACCAUGUGGCGACUCAACUGGCACGCUGACACCAGCCCCAGGGGUGUGGCAAACUCCUGCGGUAUCAUGGUGAACUAUCGUUACUUCCUGAACGAGACGUCUAAAAACAGCGCUCUGUACUUGCAGAAUAAGGUCAUCAUGGCAUCAGAGCAGGUGCUGGGACUGGUGUCCCAGUUUCAGAAGAACAGCAAACUGUAAGAAAGAGAUCAGGAGACACCCAGAAAUACUUAUUCUUUUGAUCUGCAGAUUAGAUUGCACAUGAUAUCAAGACUGUGUUGACAAACUUUAUUUUGUUUAAUUUGUCUUUAAUAUUUAAUUAAAAAACAGCUCCAGAAGCCCCACUGAAUGGACAUCAGCUAAUGUAGUUGUUUUGUUUUUGUUUUUUUUUUGUUUGUUUUUUUUUUUAAAAACUGAAAUUAGACCAUUUCUCACUUAACGUGUCUUAUCCCAUCUGCAGCAUGUAGUGCAUAGGUUGGGCUAUUUCCCUCAUUGGGUUUCUGGCAGAAGGUGGUUUGAUAUUGUGUAAGUGUUUCCCAGGCUGAGAGACUGUAGCUAGUGAAGCAUGAGGCAUCUAUCAAUGCCUUUCCAUGUUUUUGGAUAACUGUGUGUGCAAUGGUGACGCAGGAGCAAUAAGGGAGUGCAGCUACUGGAAUAAAUGAUGUUUAGAUUCUUUCAUAUGGCUGAACUGUCUCACUGCAAACAGUCUGAAGAAUGGGAGUGUAUUGGAUUUUUUUUUUUUUUUUUUUUUUUUUUUUUCAUGGGUUGGGUUUAUAUACACCUGCUGUUAAAUUGCUUACUCUCACUAAAGCUCAAUACACAAAGGCAUGAAAUAACAGACUGUAAAAUAUUAUUUCAUAUUAAAUAACUAAAUAAAACUGGAUUUUUUUUUUCUGCCAUAAUUACUGCUCAUAUUUUUCAGUUGACUGUGCUGACUCUGAUCCACUGGGCCGGACCCUCCUGGUACCUCCAUUCAGCUGUAUUUUUGAUAAUUUUUCCUUCACACU